AUGAGUUUCCCCAGUGGCCCAGUGGGCAGCUGCUACCCUUUGAAUCUUCGGAAUUUUGACCUUGGAGCUGAUUGCUUGCCCGUCUGGGGGCAGGUCACAGGCCUACCUGUGCAGGAAUGGGAGCCACGGAUAUCUGCUCUCCACCGUUUCGCGGUGCUGGUGCGCAACUGUUCCACGGUGCAACAGUGCAGUUUGGGGAUGUUGUUUCUGCACACCUCGUCCAUCGUGAUGCCUGGUUUCGACGCGACCGCCAAGUUCGACUACUGGCGUGUCCUCUACUGGACACAGCUGCAGAAGCGCCUUCGACGAAUUCAGCGGAGGCAUUUGCUGCGACGAAAGCUGCCGCUGUCCAAAGUGUCCGUGGCGGAGCAUGGCAGGAAAGUCUCGCCGCCCUCACCAGAGGAGGUGACGAUUGGUCGCGUCGUUGCAGUGGUUAGGGUUGAACAGGCCGCGGUAUACCUGGUCCCCGAUAGGGAAUUACGGCAAGCGUAUCGCUUCGGGAUACGUCGAGUGCAUCGCUUCGGGCUACGCCUGAUGCAUCGACCGUGGCGUGGUCAGCUGAAUGCCUGGGAAGCCUUCGCGGAGACGCAACGGCAUCGAUUUUUGCUGGAGUGCCCGGCCGUGGGGCAAGGACCUGAAGCCACACUUCACCGGGAAAGUCUUUGCUCGAAGCUGGAAUCGCAACAUGAGGGAUACUUGGGCCUCUACUGGGCCAGCUCCAGCAAACACGACAAUGGCUUCUGGUCUGCGUAUUCCUGGCUGCGUCCGCACCGCGUUAGUUUGCUAGUCCCGGGCGGUUCCUUUCUGGAGGCCAAGUUGGAUACACAACUCUUGGAGAAGCUCCGUAUCUUCAAUCAACCCCCUGCCUAUUGGGAUUCUCUGGAAGCUUUGGCGGCCUCUGUGCCCUUGAGCCCCUGGACCGUGUGGAUUGACUUUGACCUCACAAUUUCCCCCUGCUGCUUUGAUAGCUUCUCCUUCGUGCACCUCAUUGGACGGACCAGAGAUGGCGGACUGCCACACGUGGUCAUCAGGGAUUCUCCACAUGAGGACUACCACCACCACUGUGCCAAUGCCGGAUUCCUGAUCGUACGCAACAGCUCUGUGGGCCGCUUCUUCGUGGAGCUGGCAAGGGAGAAACGGUCCUGGCCGGCGAUACCUUAUGGCUACCAGAGUGCCUUCGCCGAGUCACUCCUAGAGCUAUUGGGUCUUGAAGCGGAAAUUUAUGGUGAGACCUCCCGGAGCUAUCGCUCCCAGUGUCUUCACCACCUCACCCUGGGCCGUGCCAUGGGUGACCAGAGCUAUGCCAACUACUGCCUCUGCUGGCGCGCCCAGUUAGAUCGCCUCGUCGGGCUCCAACGGGAUCAAAGCCGCUGGGUGCAGUUUCUGAGGCCCAGGGAAGGGCCAGAGAUGGGUUUUCUCUUAGCCAGCACCUUCCUGUACCGCCACACCCUGGAGGGCCGCUACCGUGGUGCUGGCUUCCUGCCCCUGGGCACAUGGACCUUGGAGGAGCAUUUGAGCUUUGUGGACCGCUGGAUGCCGGCGGCGCCGGGCUUUGGCGGCGCCUGCGGGCUUUUGCCCUUGGUGCUGCACUGGGCGUCCUUGCCGUAUCGCCCGGCCUUGAUCCACGACUUCCUGGCGCAUCGCUUUCCAUCGCUGCCGCAGGAGCUUUUGCGCAACGGCAGCGUGGCGGCGCUGAAGCAGGGCUUCCUCUCAGCAGCCGCCGAGGGGCGGCGACAAUGGCAGCAGUGGAGACGUCAGCAGGGCGAGACCCUGCCUGUGGACUGGCAGAUGCCCAACUCAAGCCUGGAGGCAGCGGUACAGAAGAAGCUGGAGGAAGCCGGAUGCACCAUUGGUUCGUAUCGUUUGUGGCUCCUGGGCGGCUGGAUCAAUGAGCAUCCGUAUUUGCUGGGGCAGAUCGAUCAAAAUCGGUUGACUGCCUCCAAAGAUGCGAAUCG